UUCGUGGCCCCGAAUGCCGCGGUUUGCAUUUCUAUUUCCGACUAUGUAUGUUAACGUUCGGCUGUUGGUGUCGCACUGGAUCUGAAUCAAGCGUGGGAGGGGAUGAUAUGGAGUUAUAUUAGUGAGGGAUGAGGUGUGAAAUAGAGCGACAUUUUUGAACGGUGUGAGGCUGGGACUGCGCUGGGAAUACUACUGGCCACCUGAUCGUGGGCGGCGGCUAAGUACAACAGCUGAACACAACACCACCGAUGUCUGACUGGAGAUAGGACCGGGCCCAGGUCCGUGUGGACGCUGUCCGUGCGCAGACCGCUCCGCCCCGCGCUGACUCCGCCGCUGUCGAGCAGGCUGUACGCGGUCGGCGGCCGCGACGGCUCCUCGUGCCUGCGCUCGUGCGAGUCGUUCGACCCGCACACCAACCGCUGGUCGGCGGCGGCGCCCAUGCUGCAGCGCCGCGGCGGCGUCGGCGUCGGCGUCGUCAACGGCUGUCUGUACGCGCUGGGUGGCAGCGACGCGCCGGCCACCAGUCCCAACAGCCUCAAGUUCAGCUGCGUCGAGAGAUACGAUCCAAACACGGACCAAUGGACGGAGAUAGCCUCGAUGGUCAUUGGUCGGGACGGGGUGGCUGCCUGCGCUCUUGGCCAAUGGCUGUUUGCCGUGGGAGGUUCCGACGGUCAGCAGUACCUUCGAUUGGUCGAGUGCUACGACCCGCAGACGAACGAGUGGAAAAAGUCGGCGCCUCUCAGCAUCGCGCGCGCCGCCCGCCUGUGUGGCCGUGGUGAAGCCGGUGGUGCCGGCCGCCGUGAGCGAGCUGCUGGCCGAGAUGCCGGUGGCCUCCGCCGACCGGGACACGUCGAUGAGGACGACCAGGACAGCAAGCAGGGUGAGGACGCGUGA